AUGAAAUCACAGAUUAUACUAAAUUUAUUGAUCAUCUCAGUUUUGGCAACUGUUUGAAAGACACUCAAAUCAUAAAAGCAUUACAAAGUCUUUGAUCAAAUUUUAAUCAAAAAGGACCAUUUAUAGUCUCAAAAAGUGGAGCUAAUUAAGAGCAUAAAGAUGCCUUUUUAUUUAUAAACUAUUUCCUCAGAAUAAAAGGAAUUGUCAAGAUUUCAGAAAUCAAUCCGUCAAUUGUUGAAGGCCAAAAAUUCUAUAAUUUAUUUAAGUCAAUAUAUAUUAAUUAUUCUUUAUUUCAGAUACAAAAAUUGCUUUGAAGACAAGUAGUUCUUGGAGAAUUUUUAGAAAUUGAUUAAUAUAGUGAGGAUCAAUUAUAAAAUAAGAUUUUAAUUAAUUAUUUCAGUUCAAAACAAUAUCAAAUUUUUAGGAACUCAUUUAAUUGUUUCUAAAAGAUUAAUUAAAAUAACAGAUAAUGAUUGGAACAAUUGGCAAGAUAUUUAAUAAAUUGAAAGAGAUUUAGCUUAGUUAUUAUAUAUAUCCUAACUGA